GCAACACACGGCGCGUGGCUGGGGCGGCGCGUGGGUCUAUGGACAGUGGGCGUGGCGAGGCGGGUGAGCACGGCGUUACUGGAGUGGCGAGGCGAGUCAGUGAUUGCAGGUGACAGGGAUUAUCAGGGCCGGUGAGGUGUCGCGGGAUAGUAAAUACUGGCAAGUGUCGUGAAGAAGCCAGUUGCAUCGUGGAGUUGCUUGCCUUUGGGAGUUCGAGGCGCGGCGUGAAAAGACCGAACUAGCCCCUCAGUCCUGCCGCAGAGGUGUCACGGACGGUCGGUCGCUGCCUUCAAAGACUUCGCCAGGAUGAGAGAUAAAAGCACAACAGCAUCGUGAAGCGAACCAACAAGACGGCAACUCCGGCCUGCACCAUUUCCCCUCACCACCACCACCAUCACCACCACCACGAGGGGAAGUGAUGGUCAUGGAUGCUGCUAAGACUCACAACUCCACGCCGCCCCCAGGCGGGGGCUGGGUGGACGCCGCGGAGGACGAGGGCAGCAAGGCGGGGCGGGGCGAGAGAGGCGGGUCGUGCAGGAGGAGCCGCAGCAGGAGGAGGAGGACCACAACGAACACAGAGGACCUGGUGCCUCCUGACGGCGGAUGGGGCUGGGUCAUCGUCUUCGCCAACUGCAUCAACUCGGCCGUGCUGACCAGCUUGAUUGCGUGCUUUGGGGUGAUGUUCCUGCCGCUGGUGGCCCUGGGCUACUCCAACGCCCAGGUAGCCACCGUUCCCUCCAUCUUCACGGGCCUCACCAAUCUAAUGGGGCCAGUUUCAACCGGCCUCUCUCACUACUACAGUGCUCGUCGCCUUACCCUGAUUGGCAUCAGCAUCGCCGUCCUUGGAAUCUUACUCUGUUCCUUCUUUAAAAAUAUUAUCUGGUUUUAUGCGUGCUUUGGUGUGUUAGCAGGGAUGGGUAAUUCACUGGCCAACCCUCAGGGCUUCCUCCUCGGACAAAAGUAUUUUGUCCAUAAAAGAGUCACAGCAAAUGGGCUCUCAACAGUUGGUGCAUCCUUGGGGAUUAUGGUGCUGCCUCCCUUAAUGAACUACCUGCUGGAGACCUACUCCAUGGAGGGGGCCUUCCUGCUGUGGUCCGGCCUCCUGCUGCACGGCCUAGUUGGUGCCUCACUCUACCAGCCUGUGGAGUGGCACCUCCGGCCUAAGAGAGCCGCCCCUGUCGAUGCAAUCACUGUACAACAAAAUGGAAGUCAACCAAAAAAUAAUAUCCCCAGUAAAAUUGUUGUAGCAGGGAAAGAUGAAGAUCAAAAGGAUUGUGGUGUAUUUGAUGAUGAAAAUAUUGUGAAAAACCUCACUCCUGAAAAAGAUGAAAGUGAUGAAAGUGACCAUGAGGAGUUGAUAAUUAGUCAGGAUGUGCUGCUAGAAGAUACCUGUUCCCAGGAAAAGGACAUACCUGUUGACCACUAUAGUGAGAGGCAGUGGAAGAAUCCUUUGACUGAUGUGCUACAGACCAAUGAGUAUCUUGAGCGGCCCCGAACAGUGAGCAUAGAGAGGAGCAUGGAAAUCCUGCCGCAGAUCCCAGAGGAGAGUGAGGACGAGGACUGCUUCGAAACCUACGAUCCAGAGAGUGGAAAUGAGCGUGUUGAGUUUCUUAAUCACGAGAAUGAAAUGAGGAACAGACCCGUCAGCUAUAUCAGUACAAAGAGUGUUGAUUCCAUUGCAAAGAUUCCCUCAGUUGAGAGUAUCUUUAAUUCAUGUGAUGUGUUGGACCAGUUUGGAAGUGCCUUAUCCUUCAAGGUGGAGAGACUCAAGGACAGUGCCGACCGAGAGAGAAGGAAACAGGGAAGGUCAAGCAGUUUGAGCCAGCAGACUUUCAGACCUUACAUUGUCUGUGGCCUCAAGGUGCCCAGGCUUCAGCACCUAAUAAACUUUAACAUUUUGAGGCAUCCAGUUUUCAUAAUAUCAACAACCAGCAGUGUUGCCAACAGACUGGUGUAUAUGUGCUUGAUGACCUACAUACCCUCCUUUGGGAGUGAGAUGGGCUUAGGCGGGAAGGCACCAUACAUGCUCACCAUCAUCGCCACCUUUGAACUGCUGGGGAAGGUGGUCAUGUCUGUUAUUGCCGACCAAGGUUGGCUUCAGCGGCGCUACACCUACAUGCUGGCCACCGCUUCCUCUGCUGUUGCUAUACUCUCCAUGAGCCUUGCCUGGAACACCACCACACUAGGUGUCUGCUGUGGCUUUUGUGGCUUUGGUGGUGGUACAUCCAUGGCCAUAGGCCCUGUCCUGCUGGUGGAGCACCUGGGCCUCAAGAUGCUUCCUCACACCUAUGGGUUACAGCUUUUUAUGAUUGGCAUCAGUGGGCUGUUGUUGUUUCCCUUCACAGGUUGGUUGCGUGACAUCGCCGGUGACUUCAUCAUCACAUUUUAUGUUCUUGGUUCUAUGGCUCUGCUGCCAAGCUUUUUCUGGAGCCUUGUUCCCUGCUUCCCCAAGGCAACCUCAGACGCCUCCAAGAUUCCUACUGACAGUGUAUAGAAGCAACGACCGGCACAGAAAACCUUUAUCCUUCAGAUUCGCACCUCAUAGCUUCAAAAAUCAAGAUUUGAAAGACUUGCUGUGACAAUGUAAAACACUGCAUCACUGCUCCCCAGUAUUACACAUUCAUGUGGCAUCUAACUUAAUGAGUAUUGCACGCUCCAUAUGCACCAUGCAGAACAACUAGUGCUCUAAUUAGGUAUGCUGGGAUACCCCACUUUGAAAUAUAUCAAUUAACCAAAGUUAAUAAUGGAAUACUUAUUGUAACAAAACAGUAUUUCUAAAAUUAUUUUCUGCUUUCAUACAAAGAAAACAUUCUUGAGAUCAGUGUUCAGCAACAAAAAAACAUAUACUAAAUACUUUCAGUUUUGGGAAGCGAGUCAUUGUUUCUCAGCACAUGAAGGAAGGUCCUCCAUGCCUGGCUCCAGUGAAGUGAGUGGCAGAAAAGUUGUUUUCUUGGUAUGUAACUUAAGGCAGGAAGUGUGUGUAUCAAAGGCAAGGGUAAACUUGAAGCCAAAUUCACUGUUCAAAAGAUAAAACAUAUUGGUAUACACUAGAAAACUCAGGCCAAAGGCAAUUUACCAUAUCAGAUUAAGCCUAGUUAUGAGUAAGUGUAACUAACUGUACUGUGUCUGAUCAUAUUUUUUUACUGUUGGUGUGAUGUGUGGAGGUGAUGAGAUGGACUCACCCCGGCUGGUGAGCCAACGCAGACUUACUGGAGGGAUGUCAGAAUACACACACAUACACAUUCAAAUUACUUUAUUAUUAAAACUCUGGUUGUUUGACAACUUACCAUGUAAUAGUUACCUAUGGUUUUGUGGCCUUUUUUUAUACCAAAGAUGUUUGUAAUAUAAACAUAUCAAAAUGUGAAUUACAAAGGGUGCUUCAAUAUUCAUAAUUUUUUUUAUGUUCUGUGUAACAUAUACUGAAUAAUUUUUCAUAAAGAUUGUAUAGAAUC